GACAAAACCUUUUCUCUGAAUUUUAAUUAUUUCUUCUACAUUGUGAGGAAAUAAAACAAUCGUUUAGUCUUAAGAGAGGAAGAAGAAAGUCAUGGAAAGACUUUAUUUUAAUUUAAAAAAACGGUUUCGUUUAGUGACUCUAAAUUAAAAUCUACUCUCUAACCCAAUGAAACAAAGUUAUGUCGGUGUGUAAAAAGGGAUUAUAAUCUAAUCUCAGCAAUUCGGUCUUUAAUUCUAGGAAUUUAGCCAAACAAGACUAAUGACAAUUGACAGUAUAUAGAGACAGUGGAUAUAUUAGUGAUUCGUGUCGAUCUGAGGAUAGCGUGUGUACUUUUCGGUGAUUGUGACUUUACAGAUUUCUUGGCGGACACUUUGUUUUGUUUUGUUUUCACUAUCAAUAAUGAUUGUAGAUUAAAAUCGUUUCGUUCACCGAUCAUUAUAUAUGUAGCCACGAGAAAUAUUGCAUUUCUCCUUUGCUAUCCGGACACGAAGACAUGUCGUAUUAUUAUUAUAUCUAUUAUUAGUAUAUCUUAUAGUGGAUAUUUUUUUUAUCUAUAAAUACUUUUUAUUUUGGGUGUAUCUGGAAUACAAACUAUUUGUAAGUGUUGAUAAGUUAUACAUUUUACAAGAUAAUUCUAACAAACCAGCAAAAUUCAUUGGAAUCUCUAAGUAAUUACUCAUUAGAAAAUAUGCAUAUCAAAAGUUUCUUUUUGGUACUGUGUUUUCUUCUAUGGCAAGAUAUUGUUUCCAAUCAAGUCUCGAACUCCGCAGCAACACUCGAGAACGUUAACGUCAAUCUGACUUUUGAAAUACCAAGAGAUGUGCAAGAAGAAAUAACUGUUAUCAAACUAGAUCGUGGUGAUGGAAGUCGAUCACAAAAUGUUUUAUUCAUCUACAAAUCUGACUUUAGCACUAAAGUUGAAGCGACCUAUACAAACAGGCUAACUGUAACAACUUCAGCCUCAGAAAGAAAAGUUGAGAUCGCAAUAUCAGGUGUCCAGUCACGUGAUGCAGGCAUGUACCAGUGUUGGAAUGGUACGGGUAUCACUGAAUCAUUAAUAACUAAUUGCAGUCAGAAACUGAUCGUUGUACGUAAACCAAUGCCUCGAAGUAUCCAACCACUGACCAGUGCUCUAGAAGGUCAAACGCUAAAACUUUCUUGUAACACCAGUUCUAGAAGUCUACCAGCUGACCAUGGGCUUUCGUCUUAUAUACUCUGGCAAGACGAACUAAAUGUUACUAUUGGUAGACCAGGAGACAAAAAGUACGUAGUGAAUGCCGAGGGUCAACUUGAGAUACUCAACUUAGAAUAUUCUGACAUGGGACGUCAAGUGACAUGUACAUCAUCAGACAGAGCUGAGGGCGUAGCUACUCCACCAGUCUCUGAUCCUAGUCCACCCUAUGAAAUUAGAAUUCAAGGCAAACCUUCAGCAAUGAAUAUUAUACUGACGCCACCACUUGAAACAAAGAUAAUCAGAAUAGAACUGGAAAGUCUAGAUUACACUUGUACUGCCAACUGUGAGCCGCGCUGCACUGUCAAGUGGUCAUUUAAACGUCAAGGCCAUUUAAUUUUCAGUCCACUGCAGCUCAGUGAGUCUCACAUUUUAAACCUGAAAGUAACACAAAAGGACCGCGGUACCUACAGAUGCAACGCUACCAACAAACACGGAGAAGCUUCGAGGGAGUUUAAUCUGGAAGUUUACUAUUUAAAUACGCCUGUGUUAAUUGUCAAUCAAACAAUGGAAGAUCGAAGUAUUGUAGUCAUGGAAGAGGAUCUAAUUAGUCUGACUUGCCUGGUUGAUGCCUUCCCUGCGCCACACAUCAGAUGGAACUCUCCAAUCGCCAAGGAAUUGUCAACAAAAAAGGACUAUUUCCCAGCAGCCUCUUCUGGUGAAGUUUUACAUAACAUUUACAGCACGACAUUCUCAAUGAGUUCUAUUAAAGUGGAAGACAGUGGAAUGUAUUCUUGUGAAGUCAAUAACUCAGUCAGUUCAGUCAAAGAACACAUCAACAUCUCCGUGCUAGGCCCGCCAAGCUUAGCAAAUAUACCUGGACUGAAGCUGACGCCUGCGUACUUCAGAGAUUUCUCUCAUAAUGUUUCUUUAAAUGUUUCGUUCGUCAUCAAAUCUUUUCCCGAGCCUUCAGUCGUGGCAGUAACGUCCACAGGAAAUAAUUCUGAAUCGAGUCAAAACGAGGACAUGGCAAGUGAUGUAUCAAUAACAAAAGUUCCAAAGUACAAAGGAAAAGAUUACCUGACACAAUUCACCUUCAGUGUUAUUCGUGUCAUUGACAUCAAUGACAAAGACAGAACUUUCACUCUGACAUUCAACAAUUCUAAGUUUUCCAGAGAUUUCCGGUUUAUCUUAAUGGAUAUAGGUCCACCUAAAGCAGCGACCAACAUCUCAACUCCGGACAUUCAACAUGACUCUGUACAACUUAUGUGGAGGCCUGGGCCUAAUUGGGGGCUCAAGCAAUACUUCGGGGUGGAGUUCAGAUGUCUAGAUAAUACACAAUGUAACUCGACUUGGAUGACUGCUAUUCCGAAUGUUCCAGAGCAAGCUACUAAUGGCCCAUGGACAAAGGUCAGCAUUACAAACUUGAAGCCUGGUACAGAUUACGAGUUCAGAAUCCUAUCCAUCAAUUCGCGUGGUUCCGUCACAUCGGAACCAUUUCAGCGAAGGACAGCAGAGAUGGCCAUCAUUACGGAACUACCACAAAAAGAAGAAACAGAAGAAUUGAACUACGGAAUUAUUGCUGGAAUAAUUGCUGCUGCUGUAGCCAUCAUAUUUAUCACCAUCGUUAUCUACGUAGCAGCUCACAAGACAAAUUGUGCAUCAAGAAAGAAAGAUGGAACUAGAUCUACAUAUGUCAAUGUUGGAGGACUUGCUUUACGAGACAGUAGAAAAGGUCUUAGCCAAGGUGAUACCCUGCAAACAAACGCACAUACGUCUGAUUUACCGAAGGUGAACAUUGAACAAUUGAAAUCUUUGUAUAAGUUAUCUAAUGACUCACCUGAAAAAGAUAAAGCAACGCCAGAGAGCGCCAGCACAGAAAUUGUGGUUACAACAUUGUGAUAGUGACUACAGUCGGGACAUAUCAUGGCAAGUUUCCAAACACUAUUGGUGAUUUUGUCUCUUGAACUGAGCCAUGUAAAGGACGCUCAAUGCUGUCAACUCAAUGAAACAAUGCUACCAACUCAAUGAAACAAUGCUGCCAACUCAAUUAAUCAAUGCUGCCAACUCAAUUAAUCAAUGCUGUCAACUCAAUGAAACAAUGCUGCCAACUAAAUCAAACAAUGCUGCCAAUUCAAUUAAACAAUGCUGCCAAUUCAAUUAAACAAUGCUGCCAACUCAAUUAAACAAUGCUGCCAACUCAAUUAAACAAUGCUGCCAACAAAAGCUACAAAAUAAAGGACUAAAAAAUUUGAUUCUGUCGUGCUAAAAAAGCAAAGAAAAUAAUAUUUAAAAGAGAAAAGAAAAUAGCCCACCAACGCUUCGUGUAUUUUGUGCACCGAAUACACCAAACAGCUUUCUAUUUGUAUGAAAAACUGAAAUUAAAAUUGUGCUGUAGUCUAGAUUCAUUUCAGUCGUUUGUGUUAAUGUGUAAGUUUGUGUGUAAUGGCUUGGUGCUUCAUUCUUAGUCGGUGAUAGGUCGUAAAAUUGUGUAGGAGAUCUACAUAGUUAAAGUCAAUCAAAGUAAUAUGCUCUUUGUUUGCACUAUUAAUUUUUAACAUUUCUUUAAGGUUUUGUAACAUUUCUUUAAUGCUUUGUAACAUUUCUUUAAUGUUUUGUAAGUCAUACUUUUAAGUAACAGAGCAGAAGAAGAGAAAACUCUAAAGAAACUUGGUUGCGAUUUUAUGAAGACUAAAUUUUUUAAAAAUGUAAGAGAAGGCAAAGAGGAAAAUGUGUAGAGAUGUUAUAAUAAAUAGAAAGAAACACUUUAAGGACGUCCUAUGUCUAGAAAGAAACACUUUAAGGACGUCCUAUGUCUAGAAAGAAACACUUUAAGGACGUCCUAUGUCUAGAAAGAAACACUUUAAGGACGUCCUAUGUCUAGAAAGAAACACUUUAAGGACGUCCUAUGUCAAUAUCUUUGUUGCCAACGAAAAGUUGAAAAAGUAUUUUGGGCUACAGGCGAAAGAAGUUUGAAAUUCGAUUCUACAGAACUGAAGACGGCAUAAAAAUUAUUGUAUGGUUUAUGAGAAAGAAACGUUACUUAACUGAUGUGGUGGUAUAGGUUGAAUUAGUUCCCUUUAUAGGUCGCCGCUUCAAAGUAAUUUUUAAACAAACACUAGGUAGCCAUAGAAACGUCUCAAUAUUACGAUGUAUAAGACCAUAACCACGUUACUUAUUUUGAAGAAGAUCACAGAUUCAGAACAAUCCUAUUAUUUAUGAUGAGGUACCACAAAUUUUCUACUCACUAAUUUGGAAAUUUAGUACAUUGAACAAGAGCUGGUGGAAAAAAACUUAUUUUGAUAAAAAUUAGUCAAUAGUUUAGCCGGAAGAGUAAAAUUCCCCUUUCAGACCAUGCGAUCUAUAGGGCAUAUGAUGUAAAGAUAAUGUGUUUCUGUGACCCACUAUUCACGAGGGUGUUAUGUGGUCAGCACAACGACCAACCGCCUUUGCUUUUCCCCAACGAAUGUUGGGUGGACUCAGAGGCGGCCAAGAUUCCCAGUCUACAUUCAAACCCGGAACUCACGGUUUUUUUUUUUUAUCGAAUUAUCAGUUCUUUAAUUAACAAUGAGUAUGUAUUACUUUUUUAAAAAAAAGGCUUUUCGCUAUUUUAUUUUUUUAAAGAGCAUAACAAUGAGCUGCUGCACUGUGCAUCAUAUACCCUAGCUACGCCACUGCCAACCAGAUAAAGGCACAUUCCUUGUUCCAUAUGCUAGGACAAAUUUGUACAAAUGCUCCUUCUUCACUAGUGCUAUUAGAGCAUGGCGUGGUUGCCUGAGCCAGCCAGGGAAACCAGUGACUUGGCAGAAUUUAAGUCAUUGGUUAAUGUUACGAGUCGCUGCUGUGACCUAGUUCGAUUAGUUUCUAGAAGCCGAGGUCAGAUCAUAAAAGUCCAGAACAAACACACGUUAAUUAAAGUCAUCCAAUCAGAGAAAGAGGUUAAGGGGGUAAAAUCAUACGUCAGCUUCUAGAAGGUCACAGUUAAUAAAAUAAUUAGAAGUUUCUCUGAUUCUGGAAAGUACGGUUUAGAAAAGUAUAAAUUAGGGGAAAGUUAAUCGGGGUCCUCGCAUUGUCCUGGCAGAGGAACAGGUCCUCGCAUAGUAACGAUUUCUUUUAUAGUAACGGUCUUAUGUUUAAAUGUUUGCGGGUCCAGUAGUUGUUGUUACAAUAAUUGAAUUUGUAUUAUGUAAUUAUUUCGGUUGUAAGUUAUAUCAGUUAAGGCUGUAAUAUUAGAAUAUUUAUGACGAUAUUGAAGUCAGUUGUAUUUGAAUUGAGAAUCUUCUUAUGCAUGUCAUUGAAAGUAGUUUAAUAAAGAAGGUAAAAGAGAA